AGCUCUGCUGUCGUUCCGUUUAUAACCUGCACGCGUUCAGUAACAGACAGAAACCUCCUCCUGCCUUCUACUGGAGUAUUUUCUCCGCCCCAGCUUCAGUGUUGGUGUACGAACUGAAGCCGUAGCUCGGGGUUUUGACAGUAAAGCAUCUCCUCGGUUCACGCCUCCCGCUAUUGUCUCGCUGCACGUCGGUUAGCUGCUGUGAAGCGAGCGCUGUUUUUCUCUUCACACCGGAAAAGCAGGCGAGACCACCGCUGCGUCCUGCCGAGGAGCUGCUGCCGUUUCUCACUGUUGCUUUCAAGAGCCACACAUGAACGAGCGGACUGGGAAAGCCUGAAAAUAUCCCUCAUUCGCCUCUCUGCGGUCUUCAUCUGGAAACCAACAACAACGACGGGACACAGGUCCUGGAUCUGUUCUGGCUCUGCUGGAUGUUUUAGCUACAGCUCUGAUGGUGUUGCCUGAACUAUUGGGACACUGAGAGGGUCUUCUCCUUCCCCUUCCCCUCUCGCUCCUUUCUUUCCUCCUUUCACCUAAGCAUGUCUGCCCUACAGACCACCUGGCCUCCAGGCACAGAGUGUGUAGCCAGGUACAAUUUUUCCGGCACAUCUGACCAGGACCUGCCCCUCUGUAAAGGAGAUGUCCUGACCAUUAUAGGAGUCACUAAGGACCCAAACUGGUACAAAGCCAAAAAUACAGUGGGACGAGAGGGUACCAUCCCAGCAAACUAUGUUCAGAAACGAGAAGGGGUGAAGUCCUGUGCCAAGCUUAGUCUCAUGCCAUGGUUCCAUGGGAAGAUAACGCGAGACCAGGCGGAGAGGCUGCUGUACCCACAUGAAACGGGACUCUUCCUGGUGCGAGAGAGCACCAACUUCCCCGGAGAUUACACACUCUGCGUCAGCUGCGACGGCAAGGUGGAGCACUACCGCAUCAUCUACCACAACUGCAAACUCACCAUCGACGACGAGGAGUACUUUGAGAACCUCAUGCAGCUCGUGGAGCACUACACCAAAGAUGCAGAUGGGCUGUGCACCAGACUUAUUAAACCCAAACUCAUGGAGGGGACUGUGGCAGCACAGGAUGAGUUCUCACGAAGUGGAUGGGCACUGAACCGCAAAGAACUGAAACUCCUUCAGUCCAUAGGGAAAGGGGAAUUUGGGGAUGUGAUGGUUGGUGAUUACAGAGGCACUAAAGUAGCUGUGAAGUGCAUCAAACAUGAUGCCACCGCGCAGGCCUUUGUUGCUGAGGCCUCCGUCAUGACGCAAAUGCGGCACAACAACCUUGUACAACUUUUAGGAGUGAUCGUGGAGGAGAAGGGCAGCCUGUACAUCGUCACAGAGUACAUGGCCAAGGGCAGUCUGGUGGACUACUUGCGUUCCAGGGGGCGCACCGUUAUUGGAGGAGACUGUCUACUCAAAUUCUCCAUGGAUGUAUGUGAAGCCAUGGAGUAUCUGGAGGCCAAUAACUUUGUGCACAGAGAUCUGGCUGCUCGUAAUGUUCUAGUGUCCGAGGACAACAUUGCCAAAGUCAGUGAUUUCGGUUUGACCAAGGAGGCGUCGUCCACUCAGGAUACAGCCAAGCUCCCUGUGAAAUGGACAGCUCCUGAAGCCCUGAGAGAAAAGAAGUUUUCCACUAAGUCUGAUGUAUGGAGCUACGGCAUCUUGCUGUGGGAGAUCUACUCCUUCGGCCGUGUGCCAUACCCAAGAAUCCCUCUGAAGGACGUGGUUCCGCGAGUGGAGAAGGGCUACAAGAUGGACUCCCCAGACGGCUGCCCACCCAUCGUAUAUGACAUCAUGAAGCAGUGCUGGACUCUGGAUGUGGCUGUGCGGCCCAGCUUCAAAGAGCUAAGAGAGAGCCUGCAGAACAUCUGGACCAAUGAGCUCUACCUGUGAGAGCAGACACGCAGAUGGACACAAAAACGCAAUGAGAGAGAGAGAGAGAGAGAGAGAGAGAGAGUGAGAAUGUGGAGGAGGACGACAGAGCAGCUCCUCACUGGGACCAUAUACACAUCCUCAGACCAGCACUCUGACUUCACACAGAAGACUUAAGACAAAAAGACAUGCACAGAAUUUUUAAUUAUGGCCAAAUUCUGUUAUUGAUCACCACUAGGUUUUUGUUUAGUUUCUUUCACUGUGCCUUCAUGAUUUAUUUUACAGAAUCAGGGAGGCUGGGCUUCUCUAGAGUAUUCCACUGUUUUUUUAUCUGAACAUCAGCAGCCUUGUAAAAACGCUUCAUGUCCUCACCUUUCAAAAUUCCCCAGUCCUGCGGGUUAUUGUCAUAAAGCAAGAUUGCUCAGUCAGCCAUGUAAGUAAAGCUUUUCCAAUAAGAGGAAAAGUAUGAGAUGUUCCUAUUGGACAAUCUUCACUUGAGGUAAAAACUCACCUGACACAAGUGUGUGAAGCCAAACAUUUCAUUAUGCUACAAUAAUGUAAUGAAUUAUAUUUACUUCUGAUUUACAGUCUGUAUUGACAGUUGUAAGUCUGUACUUUACACUGUCAAAAAAAACAUGGCAGAAAUGUGAGCUCACUGCCCCCUAGUGUGUGUGUGUUCACUAGUGUGUAUGUGGUGUUUCACUUAACAGAUGGGUUAAAUGCGGAGGUGGAAUUUCCCCGGGUGUGGGAUCAAAAAAGUAUCACUUAACUAAUAACCAUAACCGAAUUUUACUUCAGAAGUGCGUUAAUGUUUAAAAGUUUACAAUCUGCUCUUUUAAUAGAGUUGUCUUUGCUUGUUUUGAUGAGCUAUGAGUGAGAAAUUAUAUCAGAUGCGUUUGUAAUUGCCAGCAAUAACUGCAAGUGAGGAUUGUCCAAUUGUCCAGUCUUGAAAACACAUGUAAUGUGCAGAAUAACGGUUCCCCUGAGUCUCAUGUACAAGCAUGUCAUUUAAUCAAAAAGAAAGGCUGGACAAAAGCAGACCGACUUAAAUACCCUAAGGUUCACGUUUUUAUCAGAUACCACAUACACAGUCAGAGACCAUCCUUUAUUUAUGUGCUUUCCAGUCAAAAUGGCAAUUAAGUAGAAGUCUGCUUUUCAGCAUCAGGAAAAACAGAAAACAUACACUUGACAGAAAAUUACACAGAAACCUUGAUGACUAAAUAUAAUGUAAAAUCUUCAGUAGUUCAUGUGCCCACCCUUUACCUUCAUUACAGCUCUAUUCAACUAGUUUUUCAAAGACAUCUGCAGGAAUAUUUCUCCACACCGCCACAGUUGAGUCUUAAAAGUUGGUUUCUCACAAUCUAAGUCAUUCCAAACUCAUUCAGUGAUGUUGAGGGCUGGACUCUGGUGUUUCAGUCCAUUGUACUAAGAACACCAGCAGUUUCUUUGAUUUUCAAAUGUUCUUCCUUUUUAUCUAUUUCCUUUUCUCAGCAAGGGCUUCUUGGCAGCUACACAUCCUUUCAGACUCGUAGUGCUGAGAGACAUAGAGUUGUUUUCUCUCAGAGGAAGGAUGGACAUGGGAUUGGAUUUUUUUCAGAUCUGAAGCAGCUUGAUUUUCUCCUCUAUCUCAAAGUUGAAAGCUUAAAGUGCUGUUUUUUCUGAUGGGGACAGUUUUGGCGGUCUACCAGGUCCUGCAUGGUUGUUAGGGGUUGCAUUUUCUCUAAAUCUUUUAAUAAUUUAUUGAACACAUUUUAGAAAUCCUGUUUCUUGCUUGUCUUCACCUUUCCCACAAGUGGAUUAUUUAAUAUCUAAUGUCCUCAAAAAAAGUAAAAACAAAAAUUCUGUUUUGACUGGAAAUGAAAUAAAGGAGCGGUAUUCAUUUUCACAGUACUGUAGUGCCCUGGAAGAAAGGUAAAGGGUGUUCCUAUUGGACCAGCUUGAGAGCAAGCUUGCUUUUUGAAAUACCCCCAGGACUCCAGAGCAGGCUCACCCCCCGCCAAACCCCAGGAAAAGAAGUACUUCUGGGUUUGAAGCUCCAUGACAGUGGCAGAUAAAACAGGCUUGUUUUUUUCUCUCCCAGUGCCAGCUCAUAUUCGAACCGCUGUUUGCACUCACUGACCUCAGUGUGAUACUUACACAGCACUUCCUUUGUCCAUUCACAUGACUACAUGCAUCAUUGCAGUCUAGUUGUGUGUGUGUCGGUAUGCAUGCGUGUCUCUGUGUACUUCUGCUCUGCGGACAUUUGUGUGAUGAGUCUUUCCUCUGUGCUGUAGUGCCUCGAGAGCACUGGACUGUACUCUGCCCCUGAGCUGUUGAUGUUGUUAUUAUUUAGUUUUUAUAUAUUGUUUACCUCUUGAUUUUUUUACAUUUGUUUUACCUGACUUGACUGAAAAUACAUUGGCAGUGGUGGUCUGGUCCUUAACUCUGAAGACUGAACUUGGACUUGAAGCAUGUUUGCAUUCACACAGGGAAAGGACAGACCUGCUAGUUACAUCUUUUGGAUCCAAAAAUACAUAUUAAGAGAAUUUUGUAAGGAGCUGAUGAAGAAAGAAAAUAUAAGAGGUUAAAAUAUGGACAGAUAUCAUGCAACGUGUUUCUUUUUGUUUAAAAAUUGCACUUGCCAUUGCACAUUGAGAGGACUCAACUCGACAACGUCCACAAAGACAUCUGGAGCUAAAAUCAUUUCAACUAGAAUCUAAAGUUGGUGAAAAGGUUAAACUCAUGGGUGGAACUGGAGCUGUACUCCAGUAUCUUGUUGGUUUUUCAUUCACACAGGGCGAAAAAGAAAGAACUCUCCUUCUUUAAAUGGAAAUUGGUAAUGCAUCAAAUUAUAUCCGUGCCAAGUAAGCCAUGCAAUUCAGUGGCGUGGGACAGUGUGUUGUGUAAUGUAAGACUCUGAAUGCUAAGGCCAUUAUUUUAUCCUAUUUAUGUAACAAAUUAAGCCUUGGGGUGGGCAAUAUGAAAUAAUGUAAUAUUAUGAUUAUUUGAAAACACUUUCACAAUGCGUGAAAUGUAACACAAUGUUGAGGGUGCAGACAAAAAGCCCCAGUAGUGAUACAUUUUAAAUACAUGUAUCUCAAAAAGGACAAUGUAGUACAAUGAUUUCUACUCAAUGUUUCACAUAAGGCACUGCACUGAACCCAGUUAAACCGGCCUAAUUAUGCCUUACUCAUAAUUACAUGCAGUUGUUGGUUUUUCCCUUAGUACUGAUGUAAUUUAUCAUGAAACAAUAAAAUAUCAUCAUAUUG